AUGAGCCGCUACGUUGUGCUUGACGCGGCACCAAGCUCGGCCUCCUCCUGCGAGAGGACGGCCGCCGUGCUUGGAAAGUGCCUCGCGGAGGGCGAGGCGCUCGCGAAGGUGGUGCACUGCUCCAGCUACUACGGGGCCGCGCUGUUUCGCAGCGGCCGCCUCGUGCUGCUGGCGCCGGAGUCCCCGGCACAGCACGGGACCGUCAUUGCGGGCGGCGAUGGACGCGUCCUGGACGUUGCCGCGGGUGCCGCCCACAUUGUCUUUUGCAAGGAGGACGGCACAGUCUACUCGUUCGGCUUUAGCAACAAACACGGACAGCUGGGCGAUGGGACGGUGUGGAGAAGUUUGCCGUCCGCACCGGCGACGCACGACGCCGAUGGGUCGGACGCCGCCGGGCGAGAGGCGGGGCUCCCGCAACUUUCCUCCCCGCAGAUGAUCCACGGGUUUGGCGCCGGGGCAGGUGACGGCGAAGCAGCCUUUACGGAGGGCAGGCUGCUCACGGUCCCCAUCGUUGCGGUGGCGUGCGGCGAUUUUCACACGCUGCUCUUGACGAGAUUGCGGAACUGCGUGUACGCCUGCGGCCUCGGCGCGUCGGGGCAACUGGGAGGGAGGCGGCGGCCGGCGCUGCAGCCGUCGUUCCGGUCGAUUCGGCUUCUGUUUGGACUACCGCUGCAGCAGAUUGCCGCCGCGGGGAACCACUCCUUUGCGCUGCUGCAGACGGGAAAGUUGUUCGCCUUUGGGGAAAACCUCUGCGGCCAGCUUGGGCUCGGCGCCGUGAGGGCCGUGCACACGCCCCGGGCGGUGAACUUCAGCGGCGCCGCGCCUUGCAGCGAGCCGCGGCGACCGCUAGACACCGCCGCCCUCAAGAGCCUGCGGGCGGCCUGGGGCUCGGCGGCGAGCAUGCACCUCCCACUGCGCGUCGAGCGCCUGAGCCCGGAGCGGGACCCCGGUGCGCCGUUUGUUCUCGCCGUCUGGUGCUGCCCCACGAGGACCGUGCUGCUCACGGCAACGCUGGAGUGGCUGUCCUGCGGCCUCGCCCUCUCGCGCAGUCCGUGCGACGGCAAGACCUGCAAGUUUAGAAUGGAUCGCUACGGCCCCCUCGGGCGCUGGAUAGCGCGCCGCGAGGAAGCCACCGUCUUCCGCAAGAUGCGGUGGUCGGAGCGGGUGGCGGCGGCGCUGAAGGCCGCGCUCCCGCCGCACACGCUUGAGACCGCCUCGGCGGCGGCGGUGGCGGCGGCGCUUGGCGCGAUGGAUGUGAAGUGCUCGACGAAAGCCGUAGCGCUGCUGCUGCGGCGCCCCGCGCAGUCGCAGGGGGCCCUUUUGUUUCUGCAGGGCGAGACGCCGGACGCGCUGCUGAUGGACGCGGCGGGCGGAACCCCGCUGCUCCCGGCUCCCCGCGCGGAAAAACUUCUCCAGGACCACGACGCGGACGACGACGCCUCUGAGUUCGCCCUGGCGGAGGCACAAGGCAUCGUCGCCGCGGAGGCGUUCAUGGCCGUCGUGUAG